AAUACAGAGGAUGGGGACAUUUCUCUGGUGGGUUCAUUGAUUGUUUCUCAUCUACCUGAUGAUGGUGAGGGAUGGUGUGACCUUCCUGUGUGGAAUCCCGGGAAUACAGAGGACGGGGACAUCUCUCUGGUGGGUUCCCAUGACUGGAUCCAUCUACCUGAUGAUGGUGAGGGAUGGUGUGACCUUCCUGUGUGGAAUCCCAGGAAUACAGAGGACGGGGACAUCUCUCUGGUGGGUUCCUGUGAUUGUUCCUCAUCUACCUGAUGAUGGUGAGGGAUGGUGUGACCUUCCUGUGUGGAAUCCCAGGAAUACAGAGGGCGGGGACAUCUCUCUGGUGGGUUCCCAUGACUGGAUCCAUCUACCUGAUGAUGGUGAGGGAUGGUGUGAUCUUCCUGUGUGGAAUCCCGGGAAUACAGACGACGGGGACAUCUCUCUGGUG